AUGAAGCUCGGCAUACCACGUCGAACGAUACGGGCGUGGGCAAACAACCGUUGGGAAAUCCUUGCCUACGAAGGCAACAAAAAGCGAAUGAAAAUCGAGCCCGGUGGCCGCACGGAGAAGUUUCCUGAUCCAGCUGGACUCGAGACAUUCAUCAACGACAUGCGAGUCCAAGAACGAGCGUUAACGAUGACACAUAUAAUCAAUUGGAUUAAAUGCAACCAAGCUGAGUGGCUCCGAGCGUACAUCGCGCACAAAAAGCCGGGCACCGGAUACCAAGGUCUGCUGCGCCUCCUUCAACGCUUCUGCAAACGCCAUGGGUUUUCCCGUCAAAAGGCUGGAAAGAGCAAGCACAAGCAACGCGACCUAAAAUCGAAGCAGCAUGAAUUCGCUGAAGAGUAUCAUCACAAAUGGCAUUGGAUUGGAUCUGACUGCACCUACAACGUUGAUGAGACCGGGUUCUACUAUGACAUGCCACCGAAGUAUAUCUGGGCGGUGCGAGGAGGCGACGCUAAGAUCGCGACCGGCGAGAAGCACCUCUGCGGAUGA